UCUGCCAAGCUGGACAAGUCCAGUUCUGAGUGCUCGAGAACAGACCCCACAGAACCCGUGCAGCUCGGUCCCAUCCCAGAGGAGCAGUAUGUAGGCGAAGGAACCGAGGAACCCGCGUCUCUACCACUACACUCCCAUUACAGGGACGCAGAAACAAUCACAGAUGUUUGUAACAGCACAGAGCUCCCUGAGGUGGAGAUUAUCAGCCUGUUGGAGGAGCAGUUGCCAGUCUACAGGCUGAGGGCAGAUUGCGUGUACGGCUAUGAGCACGACGACUGGAUCCACACGCCUCUCAUCACGCCCGACACGCGCAUAGACCUCACCUCCGAACAGAUUGAGGAGACCCUCAACUACUUCUUGCUAUGCGCUGAGCGAGUGGGCCAGAUGACUAAGACCUACAAUGACAUUGACGCCGUCACAAGACUUCUGGAGGAGAAAGAAAGGGACCUUGAGCUCGCUGCCCGUAUCGGACAGUCCCUCCUGAGGAAGAACCGCAUUCUGUCAGAACAGAAUGAAUACCUGGAGGAACAAGUGGGCACCAUCAGGGAAGAGGUGGCUCAGCUGCACCACGAGUUAAAUCUGAAAGAUGAGCUGUUGCAGUUUUACACCAAUGCAGCAGAGGAGAGUGAAGAUGGCUCUGGAUCGCCCACGGGUCGACAAGGAAGGGCAGGGGUGUCUGCCCCCCGCGGUUCCUCUCUGAACGUUCUGCAGCAAAAACUUCGGGACCUGGAAGUGGAAAACCUGUCGCUCAGAUCAGAGGCGAGUCAUUUAAAGUCUGAGACUGAGUCAUAUGAGGAAAAAGAACAACAGUUGGUGAACGACUGUGUCAGAGAGCUGAAACAGUCCAGCAUCCAGAUCUCCACCAUAGCAGAGGAGCUGGCCAAAAAGACAGAAGAUGCCUCUCGUCAGCAGGAGGAAAUCACACACUUGCUGUCUCAGAUAGUGGACCUACAGAAAAAAGCCAAAACUUUUGCCGUUGAGAACGAAGAACUUUCUCAGCACCUCUCGGCAGCUAAACACGCUCAGAGACAGCUCACCACAGAGCUGCAGGAGCUGGAAGAGAAAUACUCUGAGUGUAUAGAGAUGCUCCAUGAGGCUCAAGAAGAGCUCAAGAACUUGAGGAACCGCAGCGUGUCUGCAGGAACCCCUCGACGCUAUCAUCCACUGGGACUUUUUCCGAUGGACUCUCUAGCUGCUGAAAUUGAGGGAAGCAUGAGGAAGGAAUUGAGCCUCGAGAACCCAGAGAACGACGAACAAAGGGUCCGUCAGAAACGUGUGUUUGAGACUGUAAAGAACAUUAACCAAUCAGUGAGACAGCGUCCUGCUAAUCCUGCUGCUAACAUCCCCGGGUCCAAUCAGAUGCUCACCUGCCUUAGCUCCGCCCACUCUGACAGCAACGUUGUUGCCACUGACAACCGUACGCAGACCAUGCUUCUAGAGGCCUGCUCCACAGACACAGCUGUGGACGCUCCUGAGAAGCGAUCGGGUUCUGAGGAACUCAAGCUCGCUCUGCGGAGACUCUCACUACGGAGACAGAACUGCCUGAGCGAGCGGCUGUUUUUUGAGGGGAAGAGAGAGAGACGAAAUCGAGAGCCGUCGGACGUGGAAGAUUAUUCGAACAGACUCGUCCAGAGCGAGAGCAUCAUGUCUCUGGGGACUUGGGCCGGCCGCCCCUAUCUUCCCGACAAGCUCCAGAUUGUCAAACCUCUGGAAGGUUCAGCGACACUUCAGCAUUGGCAGGAGCUAGCUCAGCCUAAUCUGGGCGGCAUCCUGGAUCCUCGGCCUGGUGUGGUCCCAAAAGGCUUCCGUCCAUUGGAGCUGGACCUAGAGGAAGUGUAUCAGUACGCCGAUUACGAGGAAGAUGAGCCUGGAGAGCAGUACUUCCAGAAUCUCCCCACCACAACCACACCCAGUCUCAAUGUCUCCUCUAGCAAUAGCCACGCCCCCUCAGCAUCCCCAUCACCCUGUCUCAGCACGGGUCAUCCUUCUAUAGAGUUCUCAAUGUAUUUCCCAGGCAAAUGCAUGGCUCAUACAAGUUCAACCUACACCUUUACCACCUGUAAAAUCCUCCAUCCUUCUGAUGAACUAACAAGGGUGACGCCCAGUUUAAACCCAGCCCCCACCUCAUCCUGUGUAAUGUCAAGCAGUCUGCGCUCAACGCCCGCCGCCACGCCCUGCACACCCCGUCGAAUGAGUCUAUCCCAGUCUCAGUCCUUCACCAACCUGCGGGACUCCACCAAAACCUUCAGCACCUCUCUGGGACUCGUGCGCCUCCUACAAGAGAGAGGCAUCUCAUCCGCUGUGUACCAGCCUCAGAGCUGGAAUAGAGGAACUGGAGUACUUUUCUCUACCUCUGUCAAUCCUUCUCAGUCUCCAGACCCCCAUCGACCCACCACCCCUCCCAAUUCCCCCACCCGCUGCACGCCCAGCCCAAGUUCAGCCAUCUCCGAUUCCGACACCCCCACGCCGUUCUCUUUCAAAAGCCCGUCCUAUGAGAACUUCCUGGCUUCUAAGCCAGCUCGGUCCAUUUUGAAAGAAGUUGCGGGGGUGUCCGGGGCUCCGGCUAAGGACUGUGAGAGUCAAACUGAUGUGAGUAUGUAUAAUCUGAAUUUGGUGGAUAAAUUGAAAAGGUUGGGCUUGGCAAGUCCAGGUGCUUCUGGGGCUGCAGGGGGAGGGAUUCCAGGCCCGAUUUUAGGUCCUCUGGGUGGACUUCGGAGGACGGGAUCGCCCUUUGGUCCACUAAACGAAGGCAUGAGGCGGAAUCGUAGCUAUCCCGCAAUGGUUGGGGCCAGUAUGGCGAUGAAGGGGCCUGGUCCUCAGGGGGACGAAAUGCUGCUGGCGCCUAAACUACCCAAGCAAACAAGUCUCAAAUGAUGAAUGAUGCGUAACGAUGAGUUACACAUUCACAAAUGCAUUCGACAUAUAUAUUAUCAACAGACACUUACUAAUGGUCACUUACUAAUAAACAUACAGAAUUCACAUAUAUUCACAUAUACCUAAACACUUUUAUCACAAAUACACACUCAAAAUUUGAAGUAUUAUCGCCCAUGUUGUUCUGUCUGAAUGUGUCUUUACAUUAAUUUGGUUGUUUACGUUGUCCUGUACUUUACGUUUACUGAAGGGAAUUUUCCAGAUGCACCAGCGUGUCGCAGGGGAUAUAGACCUAAUGUUCUGUCAGUGGUCUAUGGGAUUUAAAGGGUAGUAUUUGCACAUGAGAGGCUGGUGUAUUGAUGUUGGCAAAGAGAAACAUGCUUUGUGUCUCACCAAACACUUAAUACUUUUCCCUCUCUCCCUCUACUUUGUGUGUUCUCUUUUUCUUCUUAGUAUGACGUUAUAAUCUGUAGCUUUUGCAUUGGUGAAUGGUUGGAUGAACUGAGGGUUGACUAAAAUGGGUGAAAACUAAGGAGUAGUUCAACCAACAAUGAACACGUCUUGUCAUUUUCUCAUCCUCGUGUUGUUCCAAAACCCAAAUGACUGCAUGUCUUCCUUGAAAAACGACAUUGUGAAGAGAGUUUUUUUCUUAUAAUGAAAGCGAAUAGGGACUCAGGCUGUCAGUCACAAAUAUUCUGUAACAUCUCCUGUGAUUAAUUUGAGUUGAAAACGACAUGAGAAUGAGCAAAUGAUGUCGAAUUGUCAUUUUUGGGUAAACUAUUCUUGCUGGUUUUAUACUUUAUGUAAAAGCUAGUGCCUGGGUUUUAGCGUCCUGAGAGUUUUUACUGGGAAAUGUAAACUAGACUGAGCACUUUUAAACACAAUUUUAUGUCUGUUUAAAAUGGCACUUGUUUCGACGUGCUGCCCUUAAAUUAACCUAGGUUAUGUUUACCUCAUGUUUAGUUGUCAAAUAUUAUAACGUUGCAACGAUUUUUUUCUUCUCAGGUAAAGAUUGUACAAGACUAGUGAUUACGCAAUAAUGUUUAUUUAAUUUUUUUCCGAAUAAAAAGAAAUGAA